AUGCCCGUCCAACACACCCUCUUCGGGCGCCCGGUCCCGCUGCCGAUGCCGCCGCGGAGGUUCCUGGCGCUCUUCGUCGUCGUCGUGCUCCUCGUCGUCGCCCUCACCCUCCACGGGCCGCCCUCGACCGCCGACCUGCCCACGUACGAAUCCGUGGCCGAGGCCGUCAAGCACCCCCACCUGCCAGACGUCGGCCCCCUCCCCGCCGUCCCCCACCCCUUCGGCCCCUCGGUCCACAAGCCGCCCAAGCCCGCCGCCCAGCCCAACAGCUCCCUCGCCACCGCCUACGGCUCCCUCGACUGGCUCGCCGACUUCAAGUGGCGCAACCCCUUCUCGUCCGCCGUCACCCUCGACGAGAACACGGCCCUGCUGCCCCCGCUGCGCCCCCGCCCGCCCAUCUACACGUACUACAAUGCCCGCCCCAAGCAGCCCCCCGCCGUCGUCGCCGCAGAGAACCGCCUGGUGCUGGCCUGGCGACGAGCCUGGUGGGCCCAGGGAUUCCGCCCCGUCGUGCUGUCGCGCGCAGAAGCCAUGCGCCACCCCCAGUACCCGCGCUUCCACCGCAUGCAGCUCGACACGCGCGUCGCCGACGAAGUCAUGCGCUGGCUGGCCUGGGCCAACAUGGGCGGAGGCCUCCUCGCCAACUCCCUGGCCCUGCCCAUGGCCGCCUACGACAACCCCAUGCUGGCCUUUCUGCGCCGCCAGCACUACCCCCACCUGUCGCGCCUCGACGGCCUGGGCAGCGCCGUCUUCUACGGCCACCAGGCCGCCGUCGACGGAGCCAUCCAGAAGCUCGUCGACAGCCCGCUGCUGAAGAACACCACCGCCAACACGGACCAGAUCGCUGCCACGGCGACAAAAGACGGCGGCGCCGUAGUCAACCUCCUCGCGCCCACCGACAUCGCAAAGGACGCCAAAGCCAACGCCAUCGCCUACUACAGCACCGACGUCAUCCGCAACGCCUACCGAACCAUCGCCGACAAGCUGACCAACACCACCCAGGCCGACGGCCUGACCCUGCUCGCCCAUCUGCUCAACGCCCAUCUCCACCUCACCUUCCAGGAGCUGCACCCCGACGGCCUGGCCAUCGCCCAACCCCUCCCCGAGCACACCACCGCUCUGAUCGAGCCCUCGAUCGACCUGGCCCGCAACCUGACCCAAUGCCCCGCCUCGCCCAUGCCCAACUCGUGCCCUCCCAACCGCCCCAAGUGCGUGCCCUGCACCGCAAAGCACGCGCCCAAGCUCCAGCUGCUCCCCGACUUCGUCAACAACACCCGCCUCUUCACCAUCGGCACCGUCCCGCACCCCUUCACCAUCAACUCGCUGCACUACACGCGCGACAACCUCGACGUCAGCUUCCUGCGCAACAACGCAAAGCGCGAUCUCUGGAUCACCACCUUGACCCGCGACUCCAUCGGCACAGAGCACUCGGAGAGCUACCGGCUCAUGCACUUCAAGGAGCUCGUCGCCUCCCUGCCAGCCCACUCCCUGUGGCUCACAGCCGAGCGCACCACGAAAGACGAUCUCGACUGGAUCUUCGGCUUCGAGCUGCCCACCCACGCCUCCCCGACAAAGGAACCCACCAGCCCGAGCGAACCCUCGGAGCUCAUCCUCUUCCCGCGCCCGCCCUUCCCGCUGCCCAUCCAGGGCAUCGAUGUCCCCGACAGCAUGUGGACGGAAAAGGAAAAAGCCCGCUUGGCCAAGGCCCGCUUGGCCAUCCAGACCCAAGACCGCUUCGUGCGCGGCAUCGUCAACGCCGUCGAGCGCUGGAACCUCGCCGACACCGAGGCCUGGCGCUUCAGCAGGGCGUACAGCGCGCGCCGCAGAGUCGAGCGCAAGAAGUGGGAAGACGAGGAGAAGGCCUAUGUCGGCAGUGAGCAGAAGGCUGCUGCCCAGGCCCACGGGAAGGGGAGGUGGACCGAUCGCUUCACGAUGUGA